AUGACAGAAAUGAAUCCUAGCCUAACAAUCUAUAUAUUUCCUCACUUGUAUAACUCAGGCUUGAGAGUACACAAAUACCUCACACAGCGACACAGCCCACACGUUAUACAAUUCAAGAAGCAAUCGCACCCCAUUUUGAGUAUUGCGAUUAGAGCCAGAAUGGCAGUGGGCAGCCCGACACCGAGACCCACGCCGAGUGCGAUCUUGUCGCUCUGCGAGAGACCUUCGGAUCGUGUCCAGUCGGCGGCGCUUCGGAGGGCGAUAUCGAUAUCGAUGGCCUCGGAGGGGGGCCCACAGGUCUCGCCUCGGAUGCAGCACUCGUCUGGGGGCGGGCGCUCGAACGUGACGCACGAGGAUCUGUGUGAAGAUGGAGACGGCACAUGUCACACCUCGUUCGAGCAACAGUGGCCGUGUGUGCAGAUGGAGAUGGCAGCACCCGCUGGACACCCGGUGCAGUCUCACCCCAUCGACUCCGCCUUCGAAUUCAUCGAGAGCUCUCUUCUCCACAGAUGCUACGUUUUCCACUGA